AAAUCAAAAUGGCGGACGAGAGUGGAUAUGUACAAGCACGUUUUGUAACGAAACAAACCAAAUAUGCUGUCCCAGAAUCACCGUUUUCUGUGCCGGUGAAAGUUGGAUCACAAGAGCUCAAUGAACUUAUCAAUAGUUUACUUUCAUCUCAUGUAUUCUAAGUGGUAGCUAUGAUGGAAAUGCAUAUGUGUGGGAUUUUAAAGGAACCUGUAUUUUGACGUUUGAUGGACAUACAGCACCUGUGAAAAGUGUCAGCUGGAUCAGUGUAGAUAACGACGUGGGCGUCUUUUUAAGCGCUUCACACGACCAGUCCAUUCGCCUCAGUGAGUGGUCACGUGAUAAGGAUACAGCCCAAUGCAUUCAUAUCUGUAAAGGUCACACCCAAAGUGUGGACACACUAGCAGUUGAUUCUUCACAAACAAAGUUUUGCAGCGGCUCGUGGGAUAAAACACUAAAAGUAUGGUCUGCUGUUCCAGACCCUUCAGCAUCCGAUGAAACAGGCGAUGAAGAAAAAGUAAAGAAGAAGCAAAAGACAAUGUCAAACAAAAGAAAAGAAACCACGCGGACUCCACUCAUGACCCUAUCGGGGCACACCGAGGCUGUGUCUAGCGUGUUGUGGAUCGACCAAAGCACGGUUUGCAGUGCAGGCUGGGAUCACACCAUUCGAGUUUGGGACAUCUCCGCUGGAGUUAACAAACAUACCCUGAAUGGCUCCAAAGUAUUCUGUGACAUCUCCUACUCUCCUUUAGCAAGACUUCUCGUUUCUGGUAGCGCCGACAGACAUGUUCGCCUUUGGGAUCCCAGAACAACCGACGGAGCUGUGGUAAAGAAAACUCUGAAGUCGCAUCAAGGCUGGGUGUCGUCGGUGGCUUGGUCACAAAGCAGCGAGUACGAAAUGAUUUCUGGGUCAUACGAUACGACUGUCAAUUUGUGGGAUACACGGAGCCUAAAUACUCCGCUGUUCACAAUGACUGAACAUCAGGACAAAGUGAUGAGCGUGAAUUGGACGCUACACUCUAGUAUUUUAAGCGGUGGUGCUGAUAACCAGUUGAUAAUUUAUGAUAUCUCUGGGGGAGGCCGGAGAACGAGGAGCAAUGAUAUGGAAUAGCAACCCUGACAUUCACUUAGCCAAGUAAUCGACGGAUUACGAGGGCCAUGAUAAGUACGCGUAUAAAAAUAUAAAAAUAAAACCGUUAUCAUUUUCUUCUCACUGUCGUCAGCGUGGUUCAUUCUUCAAAAAAGGAACGGAGAUUAGUUUUUACAGUACAUAGUCGUACUAAUGCCGCCAAUGUCAGUGUGAAUAGCGUGCGUGACGAAUAGCGUAAGUUAGACGAAUAGUAACGGUGAUAUUUGUUAUUAUUUAAAUAAAUGACGACGGUAUUGUUAGCAGUUCGAAGAGAAUAGACAACAAUAGUCAACUUCAACUUUGAAAGCAACAAAAAAUUGAGACAUGUAAAUGGUACUAAUAUUUCUCAGCCUCGUAUAGCUCGCCUCACAAUGUCUCGAAGUCAAAAUUGCUUAGGUUAAACGGUAUACAUUGGUGAAAAGUUCUGAAGGAUUAUAUGCAGCCAUUUCCGAGAGAAACCAGCGGACUUAACUUCGACGAAUUAGCGUCCAUGAAAUAUGAAAAAUUUCGCUCAGCCGUACUUCCUCAUCGGUUGGAGGAACUGAUUUCAAUUUCGCAUGAUAACUUGCUUCAUGUGAAGAUUUAUCUCACGAAAAAAAAAUGCAAUUGUUAAGUAGGCCUUUAAACAUUAAGUGAACACGUGGCCUUACCUAAAUCUAAGUGUAUCCCACUAUGGUUACAUUUUGACUAAAUGCCAUCAAUGAUCAGGAAAAAAGCUUGUUAUGGUAAUGGUUGUUAUGUCAUGGUAAAAUGCUCAUAAGGUUUUGCACCCUAUCAAUAGAACAACCACAGAGCUUUCGAGCGAAAGGUAUUGGGAAUACAUACUUUCGCCAUUAGAUUGGUUCCAUUUUUUAGUUUGAGUAAACAAGUUUCACGAUGUACUUGGUUUGAGGAAAAGAAUUAUUGAUUUACGUUUAACACUCGUUUGAUAGUUCCUUGGUUUGUUUUUCAUCCUCUGGAUGUCACCACUAUCCUGUAAAGAUGGAUGGACGAGAAUUUUCCUUUGAUUAAAGAAUUUAUUAAGAAAUCUGA